AUGAAACAAAAAAUUGGUGAUAGUACUAGUUUAGAUUCUCUUGGAAAAUUAUUAUUGAGAAUGGAUGAGAAUGAAAAAGCACGAAAAUGUUAUGAACGAAUGAUAGACGAAGCAUUAUUGAUGGUAGCAGAUGCUCGAUUAGGUCUUGGAUGGGCACAUCUUCGUUGCAAUAAUUGUGAUGAAAGUCUGAAACAAUUUGAAGAAGUCCUACAAAUACGAGAAUAUGUAUUAGGAGAAGAUCAUUCUAAUAUUGGAGAGACUUAUUGUUUUAUUGGUGAAGUUCAUUUAGAAAACGAGGAUUAUGAACAAGCUUUGAUCGAUUUGCAUAAAGCAAUCAAAAUUCAAGAAAAAACACUUUCUUCUAAUUCGCUUGAUCUUCCUGCAACUUAUGAUAGUACAGAAAAUGCAUAUACUCUUAUGAAAAAAUAUGAUUUAGCUUUAGAAUAUUAUGAAAAAACACUUAAAAUUCUUUAUUCAAAAGCAUUAGAAUAUUAUCAAAAAUCACUUGAAAUUAGUCGUAAAACAUUACCACCAAGGUAUCAAAAUAUUAUUGAAAUAGAAAUAGCUAUUCGUCAAAUCGAAUCUAAAAUGAAACAUUCAUCAAAUAUUCAAUCAAUAAAUAUAUUACAGAAUAUUCAUUCAUUGUUCUAUAAGAAUUACAUACUUUUAUUUCAUGUUCGUUUUAAUUGUCUUAUAGAUUUGGAAUGA